GCCGAGCUGGGAGCCGGCAGCCUCGCUUUGCGUGACCGCGGCAGGUUGGUCCUGGAGCAGAUGAGCGCAGAAUUUUUAGGCGAAAGCGCGAGGAGGGGGGGAGCGCGGGGCAAGAGGAGUACCUCGGCCGAGAAAAUUAUGCAUGCGUUAGGGAGGCUCUGAGAGAAUGGCUGUGGAAGCUCUCCACUGUGGUUUGAAUUCACGGGGUAUUGAUCACCCUGCCCGUGCUGAAGGCAUUAAACUACAAAUUGAGGGUGAAGGGGUUGAAUCUCAAUCCAUUAAAAACAAAAAUUUCCAGAAGGUGCUUGACCAAAAAGGAACCCCCAAGCGCCUGCAGGCAGAAGCCGAGACUGCUAAGUCAGCUACAGUGAAGCUGUCAAAACCAGUGGCUCUGUGGACUCAACAGGAUGUCUGCAAGUGGUUGAAGAAACACUGUCCGAAUCAGUAUCAGAUCUACAGUGAGUCAUUCAAACAGCAUGACAUAACUGGGCGAGCCCUGCUGAGACUUACCGACAAAAAGCUUGAGCGAAUGGGGAUUGCCCAGGAGAACCUCCGGCAGCACAUCUUACAACAGGUGCUCCAGCUGAAGGUGCGGGAAGAAGUCAGAAACCUACAGUUACUCACACAAGAAGUCCCACCUAGUGCUUCCUGGAGCCACCACCAUUUAAGAGGCCCCUGCUUUCCUGAGAGUUUCUAGUGAAUUGUCUCAAACCUCAACCGAGGGUUCUCCAUAAACGUGGUUAGCCUUCGAAGCCGCUGUCCUGCCAGUCGAUAUGAACGUGGUCUGGUCCUCACAGAAAGACUGACUCGUGGCACUGCCAGAAGAUAUCCUUGGAGCAUUGACAGAUUCACCAGAUUAACUGGGGGAGAAAAAAAAAACAUUCAGUCAAGAUUAUGGGCUUUGGAAAAUCGUAGUUUGCUGUGGAUUUUUAAAUGAGGUGCAUAAUAUACAGUGCCAGCUCAUUCCAAGCGGUCAUUGGCAGACCAUUAGCUGGAAAAUUGCUUCCAGUUUUCAUCACUGUGCAUAACUCAAGCUCCCUUUGGGGAGCUGUCUGUGCCCUUCACUAGAAGUCCUGUUUUAGCAUGGCAACUACUGGAUUCUUUUAUUAUGUGUGCAGAUGGCAUGAUGUGUUAGAAAAAAGUGACAGCAGUUCUGUAAUCUCAGUGAAAGUGUUCGCCAUAUUACGCCCUGGAAUGUCAACAUGGUUAUGUUAGUUAUGACAUCUAAAGGUAUUCUGCCCAACUCUUAAGCACUUUAUAGGAGAACACAACGCCAAAACGAAUCAGCACGUUCAGUACAUGUGAGAAAACAAGUAUUUCCUUUUUUCUUUAUAGAUCUUGUCCUAUUGCUGGCUCAGACUGUCCAAGACAAACUGCACUCCUGUCAUAUCCCCAGUUAUUUGUGGUAGAUCGGUGUAAAUAUGGCCACGAUACUGUUAGACUUACUCUCUUGACACUUUACUGAACAACCGAUUCCUUGUAGCACCAGAGAGAAGGAGAAGUGGGCCUGCUGAUUGUAAUAGCUCUUGGUGCCUCGCACCUAGGCACAACUUACCACACGCACACGCAGAUACUCAAACGCGGGAGGCUUCUGUUUGGCCAGUGUGCAUAUUCUCUCAGUCUAUAGAAGAGUUCUUCCCAAGAAAAAAAGGAGAGUGGCCUUCAUUUCAUCAAAGACCGUGAUAGCUUAAUGGUAGGGACAGCAGAAUAUAGUUUUCCUGUGUGGUCUGACUUUAAGACUUUGGAAGACUUUCUAGGUCAAGUUUAAAUCACAGCUCUGUGAAGAGAAAGAAACAGCAAGUGACCCGCCCCCCAGCAUGCUGAGAGAAGGAAAAGGGGCCAAUAUGACACUAAGUUCCUUCCUCAAGAGAAAACCUACUAGUCCCUUUCAUUCUUUCUGGGAUUAUACCUACAAUUAAUUUUUUUUAUUAUGUUUUACAACAAAGCACAGUCCUGUGAAAUGGGUUAAUCCAGUAAUUGCUUAUCUUUAAGCAUUAGAGAAAUGUCUGUAUUGACUGACCCUUACAUAUACUUUAGCAAUUUUUUUCCUGAAAAUAUAAAGUUGGCUAAAUCAAAAACUCAGCAAAGUAUGUUCUCUGUGCCCAUGAUCUCAGCUUGGGACUGACAGGCCUCAGAAUCUUUUCUAUAAACACGUAUAUAACAACUCUGGGAGCCUGCCAGCACGCCCACCCAUUUGUCCACUCUCCCUGCAUCUUGCCUCCCCUGGGGGGAGGGGGUGAGUCUCAGGAAAUGCACAGCUGAUCGAAAAAUGCCAACUGAGAAACGGGCUGUGAACAGAUUUGGAAAACUAACAGGGAAAGGGAAAGAGAUCCCAUCACCCAGCAGGACGACUCACCACGAGCCUACCGGGCUGUAGUGCCAAAGAAGGGGACUUCCAAGAAGGAACACCAAGGAGUGGCAGUCACCGCCGAGAUCUGCCCCUUCGCCGGGGUGGCAGCAGGACAGCCAGCCCUUCGGCAGACUGUAAUUCUUCACAAAUUCAGAAUUAGGAGGCCAAACCCUGGCUGCCAGCAGCUCUGGACAUAACAUCCCAGUCUCCAGCGCCCACUCCUGAGUUUCAAUUCCAGUGACAGGGCCUCUCCCUUCUGUCAUUCCUUCCUUUAUUCAGCAAGCAUUUGUUGAGCACCUACUAUGUGCCAAAUAUUGUACUUGGGCAGCAACAUGUACAAGGCAGACUCUCCUGCCCUUAUGAAAUAUCUCCUUCCGAACAGUAUUUCCACCUCACUUUUUCCACAGCGGAAACUGCACUGAGACACAGUCACUCCCUGCCAGAGUAACCUGGGAAAAUGCACAGGGCAGCAGGUAGCUCCCUUGCCUGAGGAAGUAGACAGAGGAGGAAGAGGUAGUAGACAGCAUCAGGCCACAUAUUUGCAACCUUCACGUACAGCCCACCCUCCCAGGGCCUAGAUUAGGCUGAGAAGAGCUUCCCAAAGCAGCUUUCAGUUGCUUUCCUUGUUAUCCACCCUAGUCACCUACAUUCCCAUCCUUUAUAGAGAUACAACCAUUCCUCAUUACGCUGGAUUCUCUGACACUCCAAAUCUAUAACUAGUCCUGGGGACACAGAAUUGGGCCUGAUGAAUCCAAAAGAACUACUGCCAGAUGCUGAGAUACUGCAGUUGGGAAUUAAUUGGUUUAGCCAGGGACGUUCUGGGACUAUCGCUAACACCCUCGGAAAGCAGGACAUGCCUGAUGGUGCAGAUGUUCAUUAAAUGAUGGCGGUUCAUCCUUACUUGCUUUGGCUUUUUCAAAAUAUGUUCUGAAAAAUUACAUAAGUUGAAUGUUCUAGCCUUUUUUUUUUCUUUCAAAAGAGUGCUGUAAAAUUAUGAAAAGAUAGUGGGUAAAGAUGAAAAUAGGAAAGGCCAAAAGACAAGACAAUGAAAGAGCCCAAUUGAAGAUGAGUUCUCUAAAAAUGCCUUAAUUCCUUCAUGAACCACAUGUUGCAUAUGAACUACUACUGUUCUCCAAACUGUUCACCCCUUUUUGAAAUCAUUUCUGGGGGAUAGUUUUGGAAACAUGGUGGCAUAAAAUCUGAGCAGUCAGGAGCUAAACCAGCAAAAUGGAGAAACGCUGCCUUUUGUAGGCUCCAGAUUCUUUGUUAGGUGUUGAUCUGCAGUUACCCACAGUUACUUCCUGCUAUGCUGCACCUACUUCACAAGGUGGGUGCAGGAAAUUUGACCUCCCAGAAGUUCUGAAAUGGCUGGGGUGAGUUUUGUUUAGUAUGAAGCAGGAGACAAGGAGAUAUGGGAGAAAUAUUUUGAUGUCUAGAGGCUGUAAACUGUUGAUGCUUACCUUUUCUUUUUACUUAAACCUGUGCUACACCUUAUAUUAAAAGGCAAAAGGCUGACACCCACACUUGUGCAGGAAAGGCACUGUUAGGAAUGAACAGAAAUGAAUAAUUAUCAGACUCGCUGGGGUGCCAAGGGGAUUAGCUUGUCCCACUCCAGAACAGAAUUUAAAACAUGCAGAGCAUGGUAGUUCUGCUGUGGUAAAGAGCAAAUCACUUUAGUAGUUUAUUACAUACCUAGGGAGAUAGAGUCCCUACAAGCUUUCUUUGUGGGUAAUGACGCAUCUUCAAAUCCCUGCUCAGGCUCUGUGAGGUGUCACCACACACCUGACUGCUACCUCCAGAAUAUGGGUAAACAGCACAGGGGGUCUCUCCAGAGUCACUGCUAAUAAAUAGUCCUUAGUUCUGAGAGAAUUCUGCCAUUUUUCAAAUUCAGGGGGAAAAAGAAUAUCAACUUUAUGUGAGACUAUAAACUCAGGAUAAAAACCUUGAAUGGAUUUAUCCCCUGGUUACUUCCAAAUGCUUUCUUCGUCUGCAAAUGUCACGUAAUUGAUUUUGGAUGGGAACACUAAAAAUCGCCUGGAAGUUAAGUUUUCAAGACCCCCUAGCACUUUAGUUUCACCAAGACUUCCUCUUCCCCCUGCAUUAGCAGCUUCGUUCUUUGUGAUGUUUUUCUCCACGUUCUUUAGAGUAAUUUGGUUUCUUGACAACUAGACUUAAGGCUGCUGCAGUCUCUUUUUGAACACCUAAUCUUUGAAAAUGACAUAAAUUUCUUUAUGCCUUAAAGGCUGUUUUUAUUCACCUUUCCCGUAGCCCUUUCCACCCCACUUUUUUGCUUUGUUUUGUGUUUUUUUUUUCUUUUAAUGUCUCUCUUUUAACAUAGUUCUGUGGGUAGAUUUCAGAUAUUCUAUAAAGGACUAAUCAGAAAAAUAUAUCACCCUUUUUCCCCCCAGUACUAGAAUUCCUUCUUAAGCGUGAUCUUGGUGAAAGCUUACUGCCCAGAUGCCAGUGGGAUAUGGAUUCUCAUCUGUCCAGGGUGUGAUUGGUCAUUGCUACUAAUCAAAACAGGGCCCAGGAGAUCAUGAAAGAGGACAGACAAGGAGAUGCAACUGCUCAGGGCACAGCUGGGGAUUCUAUCUCAAAAACAAGCAGAUCCUCUCUCUUUAGUCUCCUUGGAUCUGCAUCUAAUCCUGUGGCCAGAAAACUGUCUUCGGAAUUCUACUUUAUUAAUGUAUAUGAUUUCUGGCACCACCGCACAACCUCAAAGUCAAAGAGGGCUGCAUUCCCACUUGUUUGCCCUGGAGAUUUAGUAGGGAGACAGGGAGCAUUCUUUUGAAGGCUAACCACCUAUGGGAAGCUUACAGAGAAGUUGGCCAAGUGCACGGGGUGGUCCUGCCACAAAAAGAGCAAAAUAGGUACUCCUUGGAGAUUCUCAUUUGGGAAGAUGGCUAGAGAUGCGGUCUCAGCACUGACUUUGUUCUGGCCAUCAUCACGGCCCUGCAGGGAAAACUCCGGGCCAGAGGGGAAGAGCUCUGUUUCUAAGAUCUAAAAAUUUUAGAAUGAAAUUCACCAGUGAGAAAUACAAAGGAGAAGUGCCAUUGAGUAUGGGUCCAGUUUUAGACCUCCUGCCCAACAGCACAAAGACUGAGAAAUAAUUUCCGCAGAACAGCAAAAAAACGGGUAUAAAAAACUUUGUAAAACUCAAAUUUCGUUUGCCAUGUAGGGUUGCUUCAAAGUCUUCAAGAGCUCCAAGCAUUCUUACCUCAGAGCCUCCUUUCCCAAUUACAUCAAGCACUAGAAAGCACAAGCAGCAUACACCUAAUAAUUAAAUUUCAGAGAAACCAUAUGACUUGCAUUGAAUUGCUGUUGACUGGUUGACAAAAGCGUUGUGGAUAUUUGGACAUUAUCUCUGAUUACAUAAUAUCCUUUUCAUAUUUGGGGGUUUCAUUUGUUUAAUUGCUUGCUUGUUGUUGUUUUCCAAACCUCAGACAUUUAUUAACAGAAGCUUUAGGCUCUUAAACCCAGGCUUUUUUACCUAAGGUACAGAGUGACAGAAACAGCCCUACUAUUGGGAACGACAAAGAGAUGGUAAGAUUACCAGAGUUGGAGAUACUAACACCUAAAACAUUUAAGACACAAAGGUUCUGCUGGUUACCUUCUGCGCUGUUAUAGCCUUUUAAAUUUCAGUAGUUUGGAUCCAAGCACAUAAACAAGCUGCUUUCACGUGGCUUUGCCACAUUAGUGCACACACAGCUACCAAAUGUGGACUUCUAAGCUGGGUCUAUGUUUCAGAGCACAUAGAUCUGUUAUGUGUGAUUAUAUUUAAUCACCACCACCCAAUUUCUAUAAAAUGUAUUCAAAUCCAAAAAAAAAGUCUAAAACAAGAGAUUCGUAUUAGAGCAUUAGCUCUCUCAGGGCAGAGGAGCCAAAUUUGUGACACAACCUUGAAGAAACAAUUGUUUGCCGUGAAAUGCCUUGAGCGUCUGGUGGUUGCUCCCGUCCCAUUCCACAAGCUGAUGUAGUCGUCUCCCAUCUCCCCAGGGAUUAGCCUGGCCUGCCUCUAAAAUAGCACAAAUACCAUGAAAACACCUUUUGAAGCUCUCAGGAGUUUCGAAAUCACCAGAAAGAAGCUGUACCCUCUUCCAGGAGAGUUUGCCCCACUGGGGGUCGUCAGGGUUCCACUUGCUUAAACUCAUAGAUAGGCCAUUUGAAGUCUCUCUGGGGGCUCUGAAUGACCUCUCCACACUGUCUUUCCUCCACCAACAGAAAAAUGCUCUCCUUACAAGGCUGUGUUUGAGGAGACGGUGGUUGAGCUGGCGAAAAGAGUUCACGUUGCCGAGAGCUGAAGAGCGCCAGGUUCUUGACUUUGCCCUCUAAGUGCCUGUCCUGGUUGGCACAGAAGUGACUAGUCUGCUAAAAGGCCAAGCCAGCACAGAUGUUUUGAUACUAAUUCCACCAAAACUCUUGUACUACUAAAUCAUACGACUCUUGUUCCAAUUAAGCCAACUACUUAAUGUCAUUAGGCACUAAAUUAAAUAGCUGCACACAAAAUUUUAGAAAAGAUCGAUAUUGUGACAAAAUUAUAUAUUAGCAGUAAAAAGUACCUGAGAAAAGAAAAUAUUGAUCUGUUGUGGUUUAUAUCCCUCAGUUAUUCUUAGGACUUUGUGUACACUGGCACUGCUCUGAUAAAAGGGAAGAUGUUUUGAAUUCAAGAAUACGUGAAUUCAGUAGAAGUCGCCCAACUCUAAAGGCUUCUGCUCAUCCGUUUGGGAUGCUAGCCAUCCCGCCUUAGCAGACAGGGUUGUUCAGAGGUUAAAAUGAGCUAAGUGGAGGAGCUGUCCUAUACCAACAAUAUCGGUGUAAUUAUCGUGGUGACUAGGCUACAGGCUUUAGUCAGUGAGCCUUUUCCCUUAUGCCUUCUCCUCAUUGCUGUUAUUACUAAGACUCCAUUCUGAGAUUUAAAAAGGUAAAAAUAAGGUAAAAGGUAAAAAAAUAAUAAAGUACCAGUCAGCAUUUUGCACACAUGCACACACGUGCAUGCACACUCACACAUGCUUCUUCCAAAAUAUGGGGGCUGGUCUGCAGAGCCCACAUCAAAGAUGCCCAUUUAUCUCCACCUCUUCACCUCCCAGAGAUUUAGAGUAUUGUGACCUUGUCCUCUAAAGAGUGAGAGAGCCUUGGGCUUGGCUUAAUGCAGGCAAAGACUGCCAAUCCCAGCCUCAGCGAAGACCAAUGAGAGUGUGAAAUUGACAAACAGACAUAGGAAGCUUCUUGAUGAGUUACUGUAUAUUAGUAUGUGUCCUAGGAAAGAAAAAAUACCAUGAAAAUCACACAAUAUGAAUUGCAUAUAAGACCAGCGCUCUUAAUAGUGUUUGAGGGGAGAGAAAUCUGAUUGAAAAAAAAAAGAAAAAAAAAAAAACCUGGUUCACUUUUUUACAAACAUUAACAAACGUGACUAUAAAAGCACAUUUCAUAGUACAAAAGCCUAUGUGGAUGGUAGACAUUUUUAUAGCUUCCUUAAGCGAGUAGUUAAACCAGCAGUCUGAAUUCUCUUAGUCCCCUAGGAGUGGUUCAUUAAAUAAGUAUUUUCCUUAUUCAUUGCCCACAACUGUGGUUUUUUUCUCUAUGCACCCUAGAAAAAUUCCCAAGACUGGACUUAAGAGGACACAAGAAACUUAUGUGGUAAAAUAAGAGUGCCUUUUCUGUUGGAUGUUCAUUUUAGUUCCUUGGAUUCCCAGGGCAUACAAUGUUUAGAAACUUUUUCCUCUAAACAUCAGAAUUAUUGUGCACCACAAUUUGGAACCACCAAUUUGCAUAUCUUAAGCAGCUAUCGACUUGCCAGUUCCCUUUGAGUCUCCUUUAUAUUUUCUUAUAACGUUUCCUUCUGUUUUGGGUUGUCCUCAAAAAAAGAAAUGGGGGGCAUGAUUCUUUUUAAAUUGAUAGAAAUGAAACUGUACAGAUUUUUGCCCCCUUGUAUCUAUGAGCAUGAUCUCUAUCAGGCUUGAAAAUCUGCUUUUAUCAUUUUGUACAUUUGACUAUUUUGUAUUCAGCAUUACUUGAUUCCUUAUGUGCAUGGCAAUGUAUUAAAAUGUGGGAUUUCUA